AUGGCAAUGGUCUCUGCGAUGUCCUGGGUUCUGUACUUGUGGAUAAGUGCUUGUGCCAUGCUGCUCUGCCAUGGAUCCCUCCAGCACACCUUCCAGCAGCACCACCUGCACAGACCAGAAGGAGGGACCUGUGAAGUGAUCGCAGCCCACAGGUGCUGUAACAAGAACCGUAUAGAGGAGCGGUCACAAACAGUGAAGUGUUCCUGCCUACCUGGGAAAGUCGCUGGAACAACAAGAAACCGACCUUCCUGUGUGGAUGCCUCCAUAGUGAUUGGGAAAUGGUGGUGUGAGAUGGAGCCCUGCCUAGAAGGAGAAGAAUGUAAGACACUCCCUGACAAUUCCGGAUGGAUGUGUGCCACAGGCAACAAAAUUAAGACCACAAGAAUUCACCCAAGAACCUAACAGAAGCAUUCGUUAUAUAAAUAGGAAAAAUAACCUGUGGAAAAUAUAUUGUGAGGAUUUGAAAUAUCUUACAUACUUGCAAACCAAAUGGAUCUCAUAUUUGCACUUUGGCUGAUUACCAGAUAAUCACAGUGCAUUUACUCUGUGAAACAAAGUGUCCCAUAAGAAGAAUCGGGAUUCCCUGGCAACAUCAUGGAAAAAUGGCUUAAAAAUGAGUUUUCUCAGUGAAAUUUGGAGGAUCAUGAAGAACGAUCAACUGUCUUCUAACUUGGAACUACUGUUACUUUGUACCAUUUGAAAUAUAUGUAUAUAUAAUAUUUUGAAAUAUUAUAUAUUCUCUUCAAGAAAUGAACAGUACCACGGUGUGAGGUGGCUGGUGUAUCCCUUUCAGUUUUGGAUGUUUGGUCGGUUUUGUUUUGUUUGCCAUUUCUUUUUCUCUCGGUGAGGAAGAUACAUGCCCGUGUGAGAAUCCAACAUGGCACUCUCCCUGGAAAGCCAGUUGCAGGCGGACUCCUGGAAUCUGAGGCAUUCUAACAAUACUGAGUCAAGAGCUUCUCUCUGUUUCUACCUGGUGACCCAAGGAAGCUCAUCGUCUUGUUUUAUUGCUUUCUAUCCUGUGCAAUAUUAGCAUGCAAGCUUGGCUUACAUAACCAUACUUUAUAUUCAAUUGAUAUACAAUAACCGUUCUAACCUCUUCCAGGAAAAUAUUUUUAGAACUCCUAGCUUUUCCACAGAUAAGCAAAUGAGGAUUCUUGAGGGAGAUGCCCCUCCACACUAUAAGACUCUGGCAGGGUGGUAGGUUGUAGAUCCCUAUAUUUAUAAGUCCUGUAAAUACAAUGUUUUAGGGCUUUGUAUAGCUGUCCUAGACUGCAGACGUAUCCUCUGAUUAAAUCCAAAGUCUGGCAUUGUUAACUGCGUAGUGCUGUAGUGAUGAGUCUUAUCAUGGCACCUCUUUCUAUGUUUGAUUUGCUUUUUCCUAGAGUAUUUGAAUCUCCUCUGGUGAGAUAGGAAGGCUAUGAAAGCAAUUAGGUUUCCCCAUGAUCUGUGUGACCAAAUGUUGGACAGCCCUAUUAAAGUGGUAAAUAACUUCUUUCUUAACCCACUUGUCCUCUGUGUCUGCCAUUUAGUUUUACAGACUAUGCUUUAACCAAACCACAAGAAUACCCUGCUAUGUCUGUAGUUAGCCAAAAGGUCUUUGAAACUAUGGUUUCCAAAAAUAAUCUUUUGAAACCUAGAAAUUCAUUAACAUGAUCAUACUGAAAUAUCCGAUGACAAUUUCAGGGCUUCCUGUAGGUCAUUCUGAUGAUAUACAUGGGGCUUAACCACCCACCCCACAAAAAAAGUCAUUUUCCCUGUCCUUUUGGAGUUACUGAGCUAAGAGUAAACAUCUACUUAAGGUCUAGUUUUCCUGGGGAGAGUUUUCAUCGAAUUUUUUACUCCUGUUACCAUGUCAUCUCAGAGGAGCAGAUGUAUUUUGUUUUCUCCCAAAUUUAUUCUCUGGCAUCUGUGUUGUUAGUGCCUCUUCCUAAGUCAACAGCACUGCGUUCCCUGGAUCUGGACCUAUUAGUAUCAAACCUCAAGAAAAACUUGAAAAACUUCGGGAACUCUACACAGAUAGCCUGAAGUUUGAUUGAAUGUGUGAACUUCUAACCAGAAAAUUUGAUUCUGUAUCUUGAAGGCCUGUAAACAUCAUCUCAGGAUAAAAUAGAAUCUUGACUGUAAAAUGGAGACUUCCAAACAAUUCUGUGGUUAUUUGCUAAAAAGGGAACAUAAAAUUCAUACCAGUACCCAGGUGUAGUGGCUAGUGAUUGAUAGCCAUUACUUAAGAUCCCAGCACUUGAAAGAUGGGAAUGGGAGGAUUGAGAGUUCAAAGUCAGCCUGGAAUACAGAUUAGACUCCUUCCCCAAAACAAAAGAAAAAAAUUCAUUCCAGAAGUCCUUCCUGAGUUUUACAGUACAUAUUCAAGUGCCAAACAAUAUACUUAAAAAAAAACUACUUUUCAUCUGCCAAAUUCAUAUUAAAAUCAAAACCAUGGACCCUAAGAAUUAUAUAUUUAAGGAAUAAAACUAAAAUAGAAGUGUUUGGCAGAGAAUUUGGCAGGGCCUUUAACACAACAAAAGACAGUACAGCAUCAAGGAAGACUAGAACAAGAAAGUCAGGUUUGAAACAAAAAUAAAUAAAUAAAUCAAGCUGCAAAUGCUGUUGUAGUGUCAUGUUCUCCAAAGGGUAGACUUAGCUCUGACAUUAGAGUCCCAUGGAGUCUUCUUCUACUAACUUUGAUAACAGAUGAAAAUCCAAUGAGAAGAAAGCAGGCUCUUCAAUUUGCAAAAACUUUCUUUGUAAGACAAUUCUGCUAACACACAUAGUAUGUGAAGCUCCAGGAGCUCUAACUCAAUGUAAGAGCUAGCCUCAAAGGCUACAUCCUUUAGCUCACUCCUAUCCAUGGAUCCAUGCAGUAGCAUCCCUUGAAGACACCUACAGAAAGAAACCACAUCAGAAUCAGGCAGCCAUCCAAUAAGACAGUGCAAAUAUUUGUAAAUGUCAAAUUCAAUUUGGAUUCAUCCAAGCCCCUUACACAAAUGUGUGAACCAUCAAAUUGUGUUUAAAUUUAACUUGUUCAAAUUUGGGGAAUUCAGUUGCUACCAUCUGCCUACUGAGCCUGCACAUUUAUGGUGCACAAAAUUUUAUCACAUGAAUAUGGUAAUAAAGAGAUCAGUGUGUAUGACUAAUAUCAAUUUUAAGAUUGUGCCCCAUGUACCAUGAAAAAUGUAGUAACAUAAUUGGAAUAUAUAUACAAAGUUCCAGCCAGAGUUCUGUUCUUGAUAAAAGAGAAAGUGAAGCUUGUUCGGAGA